AUUUUCAAAGCAAUGGGUGCAUUUGAUUAAAGAUGAUCGCUUUCCAUUUCCAAUCCAAGGCGCUAAAGUAAGAAAAGAGGGGUCUUCCUGGAAUUUGCUAAAGUUCAUUGUAAAGCCUGGAUCCCAAUUUCCACGCCAUCAAAACUACAGAGCGCUGCAUCAUCAUCAACAGCAGCAUCGUAGAAACUGCAGCCAUUGGUAUGAAUAUACAAAAGUAGCUCUACCACAAGCCAUGGAGACCAGGUUCCCCUCACUUCUCUUCUAUAUGGCAAAGGUGGACCAAAUUUAUCCGAAAGGCGAGACAAAUUAGGGAGAGGAUGAGAGCGAAAGGUAAGAAGACGAAGAUGACUUCCCGACUAAAACGCCUCCCACCGAAAAAUAGGAGUAAUGGAGUUGCCACGAGCCCCAUACGCGAAACCCCAAAAAAAACCCAGUCAUAUCCUUCCACCAUCGCAGAAAUGGUGGAAAAAACUCAUCUUUCUCUUGUUCCAGCAAAGAUGGACCUUUCGUAUUUUGUACCGGUCAGAGUCUCAGUGGGGCGGAGAGAAAACCGGGGAAGGAACCUUCCCUUUCUUUCUCAACCUCCCAACCCCCCCUCUCUAUCUGUCCACCUUUAUUUCUCCAUUAUCUUCUCCCUCUCCCUCCUUCUAUUCUCUCUCCUCUCUCUUCUCGUCUAUAUCUUUAUGACAUCCUUGUAAGGCGGUUCGCAUCCCAUUCGAAGCUUUUCUUUUUUCCUCCUCUAGCGCCUUUCUUUCUCUUUCCGCUUUUUGUUUUCGGGAACAUGAUGAAGAAAAAGACGAAGUAUUUCAUGGAUCCAUACCCGUCUUGUUCUUUCCCGGCUGGGGAAGCAGCCAUGGCAAGGCUCAAGCAUCAGUACCUGUUUGAGGAUUAUCAGGAGUUGCUCAAGGAAACUGUAGAAAAGAGGGAGAGAUUACAGAAGGCAAUGCAGAAAAAGCUCAAGCUCUUGGCUGAAGUCAAAUUCCUGGCAAAAAAAUACGAGUCUUUCACCAAAUCUUCCAAGGCUUUCCCAUGCAAAACAAAGAAGCAAUCUCUCAAAAUUCUCUUCCCUCCUAAUCAACUUAUUCGGCCUCCUUUGCCUCCUACUAAAGCUGAGCUCCCAAAAAAAGAAGAAAGGAACUGUAAAGCGAAGGAGGCAAAGGUUCAAAAUGCUAGAAAACUGAUAGAUUUAAACCAGGUCUCCUUACCGAAUGAUGAAGAAACUGAUGCAUUUGAAGUGGAGUUGGAGCACCUGAAGACGGAGAAGUUGAGAAGGAGCUUGCUUGAAGGAAACAUCAUGGCUGAUGAUCUGAAGCUCUCAGCCUGCAGAGACAUCGGAAGCGGUUCAAACCGGUCCGGAAAGAGAAAAAUUACAUGGCUCGAUCAGCUCACUUUGAGAGUUUGAAGGCCACUCUGCAUGCAUCAUUAAUCAGACAGAUCUUAUUCUGCUAUAGGAAUAAUGAUCAUUUUGGCAGUUGUAAAGAAAGUGAUACAUAGAGGUUGAGAAAUUGAUCUUUAGUUUAUGAUUCAAAUUAGGACUCUCUCUUAUAGUUAAAUUAUUUGUUGAUAUCUUGGUUGUAUUCUUACAGUUCCUUUUGAUAAAUCAACAUUGGAGUUGAAAUAUAGGAACCUGGAUGGAGGUUUUUGAAAUUUGUUGCCAUUAUAAGUUAGGCCUGGAAGAACUGGGAGUGUUCUGUAUGGUUAACUCUUUCGAAAUGCUGC